AUCAGCAAGCAAUUGAAGCAUCAAUUACUAUUAACUUAGCAAAUUUGUUUCCCCUUUUCUCUCCAGGAACCUACUAGUUCAGGAACCUACUAGUCAUGUCUAACCCCAACCUUUUGGACAUUGAACCCGGUGGAGAGAACACCCAGUAUGAAUCCAUUCGAUUAUUUACGGAGACCCCACACAAGCAAACGGGGCAAUUGGGUGUAAACUCGCCACACACGAAAAGCGAAAUGAGGACUUAUUUCGAUUCUGACAACAACGGCCAGAAGCUGAGAGAUGAGGACGAAGAGGAGGCGCAGAGGCUUGAGGGCGAAUUCACAUCUAACAUAUCCGGGGAAACGGAUAAAGACUCGAAGGAGAAUGAAGCAGCGGCGAAGACGAGGAGGCAGCAGGGGUAUGGACCUGGUUCCGGCGUCGGCGCUUAAGCGACGCUAAGAAGGCGUGAAUGACAUAGCGUGGCAGAGGCGGGGUUUAAGGAGAAGCGGAAGAAGCGGAUGAGCUGGAUGAUGUGGAGUUGGGAGGUGUGGCCAUAUUGUCUGUACCUAGGGCCGGACUCCUCCGUGGUUUUUUGAGGCUUUCAAGAGUGACACCGUUGCCGAGUUUUGUGAUACCGACAACAGGCGGGUCACCCUUCUUCACAAAUUCCCAGAGGCC